AUGGCUCCCGUCAGUGAAACUCUCAAAGAGUCCUUGUUGGGUUCCAAGCCGCCCGAGUCCUUAUCAACGGAGGCCCGAGUCACAUUUAUGAAAAAUGCCAGACGAGGAGAAGAUGGUGAGCUUUAUAUGAAUGAGGAGGACUUUAUCAAUGCUAUUGCUCCACCGGAGGAGGAUUAUCACAAAAUCAAGCGUGAACAAUAUGGUAUCUUGUUUGGCGUCGCAGAUCGACACAAGCGCGGUAAAAUUACCAUGUCAGAAUGGGCGGCUUUUGACAACUUGCUUGCCAAAUCUGAUGCCGAGUACGAAAUUGCCUUUAGACUCUUUGACGUCGACGGAACCGGUUCGAUCAAGUCAGACGCAUUCCAAAAGAUCUACGAGCAGAACCGAGGUCAUGACAGCAUCCCGUUCGACUUCAAUUCGGAAUGGGCGUCAUUGUACAUUGGCGGCAAGAACAAGAGACAUGAGAUGACAUAUCCACAAUUUGCUCAAAUGAUGCGCGGUCUGCAGGGCGAACGAAUACGACAAGCCUUUCAUCUCUAUGACACCGACAAGGACGGAUACAUUGAUCCGGAAGAUUUUGAACGCAUUAUCCGAGCCACGGCCGGACACAAGCUUUCAGACCAUCUGUUGGAGAACCUACCGACCUUGUGCAACAUCUCAACGGGGACCAAGAUAUCCUACGCCAACGUCAGAGCAUUCCAGAACGUCAUUCGCGAAAUGGAUCUUCUAGAUCUCAUCAUCCGAAAUGCGACCGCGAAGUCUCCAGACGGCCGAAUCGACCGGACCGAUUUCCUGAACGAAGCGGCGAGACUCACAAGAUUUUCUCUCUACACCCCCAUGGAGGCUGACAUUCUUUUUCACUUUGCCGGUCUCGACACGCCUUCUGGCCGGUUAUGUCUUGAAGACUUUGCCAAAGUAUUGGAUGCGAGCUGGCAAACUGCUGGUGCUAAGAUAGGGGCAAUCACUGAAGCAGCCGACCGCGCCGUGUCCACGUCACAACAACUCCUUCACGGUUUGCUUGAAUCCGCUCACCACUUCGGUCUCGGCAGUAUUGCCGGCGCCUUUGGUGCUUUCAUGGUUUACCCAAUCGAUCUGGUCAAGACACGCAUGCAAAAUCAACGCAGCACCAUCCCUGGAGAGAGACUGUAUGAAAACUCGAUCGAUUGUGCGCGCAAGGUGUUUCGAAAUGAGGGUCUGAGGGGUUUGUACUCUGGUGUUCUUCCUCAACUUGUCGGUGUGGCACCAGAGAAGGCCAUCAAACUUACCGUCAACGAUCUUGUUAGAGGCAAGUUCACCGACAAACAGACUGGUCGUAUUCCAGUGAGUGCGGAGAUUUUGGCCGGUGGUUCUGCCGGUGCGUGUCAAGUUGUAUUCACCAACCCUCUUGAAAUCGUGAAAAUCCGACUCCAAGUCCAAGGUGAACUUGCUAAAAAGUCCGACGCCAUUCCCAAGCGCUCUGCAAUGUGGAUCGUUCGCAACCUGGGUAUUUUGGGCCUAUACAAAGGCGCGUCAGCAUGUUUAUUGCGCGAUGUCCCCUUUUCCGCGAUUUAUUUUCCAACAUACAACCAUUUGAAAAAAGAUCUGUUUGGCGAAUCACCCACACAGAAACUGGGCAUUCUUCAACUCCUUGUUGCUGGUGCCGUCGCGGGCAUGCCUGCCGCAUAUCUCACCACCCCAUGUGACGUGAUCAAGACACGUCUCCAAGUCGAAGCCCGCAAAGGCGAAGCCACAUACAAUGGCCUGGCGGACUGUGCGCGCAAGAUUCUCAAGCAAGAAGGUUUCAAAGCGUUCUUCAAGGGUGGUCCUGCACGUAUUUUGCGUUCAUCUCCACAAUUCGGUUUCACGCUCGCUGCGUACGAGCUUCUCAGCACGUUACUUCCAUUCCCGGGCUCUGAGGAGGCAGAGGCGAAAAAGAGCACAGCAGGCAAGAUGGAGCCGGGGGUCGGUCUUAGAGAGGCCAAGGCCCCACUGCCGUACUUGCGAAGUCGGAAUGCGUUGAAGAUUUUGCUGGAUUUGGAUAAUAAUUUCGGUAAGGUUCGUGUUCCUGAAGGUGCAAAGUGGUUUGGAGCAAGAUCCUAG